GUUAGACAUCCCUACGGGGAGCACUGGCACCGCGGUAGGUUAGUUGACUAGCGUAGUCGCUAGCAAGUGUUUCCCCGAACAUGGCGGACGGUGCUUAUUCGAAUUUUCAAGGGACACAAUGAGAGUGCACCGAAUUUGCCGCGGUGAUGUCCGUGACUAAGGGCGUGUGGUGAUCCUGAGGGUGGCCGACGUGGAUACCCGGGCGCCACCGUGAUCGUUACGGUUACAUGCGUGCCGGCGUGUCGCCGUGCUGACUUCAGGGGAUAGGGUUUUACCGCGCCGCGAUUGUGUGUCUCGGAGCGACGGACCGUAGCGGGGCCCCCAUGGUUGUAAAUGGCUGACGGGAAUCGGAAAAUGAGGCCCGAACGUCGCGCGUGAUUCCACGGCUAAGACGCUGAGGUACGAUAUAAGAAGGUGUUCGAAGAUCGAACGAUAUUCGCGCGGUCUUCUAUCCUGAAAACACCACCACCGGGUCCCAAGCACCGCCCGGUGCUACGAGCUGUUCCGGGGGUUGCUCCUAUCCACCGUAUCGCCCAGUGUCUUCGUCAGUUGUGAUCAAUUUUAGGGCUCGUAUUCCGUCGAUCAGUGAUCAAUUUCAUUUCAGUUGGAUACUUGUCAUCGAUGGUUGAGCGUUCGGAAAUAGGGUAGAUGUACCGUUUGUACCCACUGCACCAUUUGUGGCCAUUGUCUCGAUUAUUCCGAUAUAUCAAGUAUUCCUAAGUUAGUUUCGUCAGAAUGAAUAAAACCUCCGUAAUUGUGGGUUACGAAAGCACCGUUGCCUGUUACGUUUUAAUUUUCUAUUUUACUGUUUAAUUUAAUAAUCGUACGCGAAGGUGUUAACUUCUGAUAACUUCUACAUCCUUGCAAACAAUGCUUGGUAUACGACUGGUACGGAAAUAACUGUUUAUUGUAUUUGACAAGAGCAUAGGCCAAGUUUGUGUGUAUUUAUUUUAUGUAACAAAUAUUUUUAUGAUUUCUGUAAGAAUUUUGAUGAUAUAACCUAAAAUACAUUGGGUAGUGCAUAUGAAAUGUUUUUCAAAAUAGGAUAUAGUUAAUUAAGAUAAUUUAAGAGUCUAUGGAAAGGAAUAGUUACUGUUUAUUAUAAAUAAAUUAAGAUUUUAGCCUUUUGUAUUAGUACUUAUAAAACUAUCAAAUUAUAUUAUAUUAAAUGAAAAAAGUAGUCUCAAUGUAGAAAAAUUAAAUGUCAAAGAAUUAGGUGUUCAAGGAAGAAAGAUUAGUAUUACAUUUUUCCAAUGAAAGGACAGUCACUAAACAAAUCUCUUGAAAACAUUUAAUUCUACAAUGACAAUCCAGGGUAACUCGAUAAUCCAGCACACUUUUAGUCGCUAUUUUCUUUCAUGUUUUGUCAAGUGUUUUAUUGGCUAGUAGGUACUUUUUUAUUUUAGAUUUAUGAAAUCACAAACUGUUGUAUAUUAGUCUAUUAUCUUUUUCCUUUCAUAAUAAGAUAAAGAGUUCAACAAGUUUUUAUCAUGAUUUUUAUGCAUUGAAAAACAUGACAGAUCAGAAAUGUAACUGUGCCAUUUGAUGACUACAAAUAGCAGGUUGUUCAGAAGAUUCAUAGCAUAUAUAAUUGCCAAUGUUAACAAAUUUUUAAAUAUAAUAUAAAUAUAGCCAAUUGAUACUAGGUUUAUAUAAUAAAUAUUUUAUUAUUUGUUAGCAAAAACUAGACUAUGUGUGUUUAUGCAUGUAUGGUAUAUCGACCAUAUAUAGAUCAUGUAUCUAACAGAAUACGAAUCUCUAUACUCCAUAGGCUAUUGGAACAUUGACAAAGUAAUAAUCAUUUGUAAUUCAUUUGCAAGUAUUAUAUUUCUCAUUGUGGGCAUAUUAACAAUUUUACAGGUGGUCACAAAUGGAUAACUAAGUGGUCAAAAUUGAUACUGUUAUAACUAUAAAUAAUAUGAAAAAGCUCUGCCUGAUGGUAUAAUGUUUUAAACAAUUAUGUUUAAAAAUUAUUCAGCCUAUAAAAUUUUGAUUUCCUGUGUACUAUGGAAUCCUUAAAAUGGCCAUAAACUGUACAUCUAUCCUAUACAUCUUCCCGCUCGUUCGUGACAUUUCGUUUUGUCCAAAUCAGCUUUUGUAGGUUUUCUCGUCAACGAGAAUGAAAAAUGCACAAAUUGAUUUUUCAACGAGAUAUCGAUCAUAUGGUCGUUAUUUGUUUCGCAGGUUUUCGCGAUACUUUUUCGAUUCUUGUAACGUACUUUUCGCCGCUUGUAAUGGAUGUAAAUGAAUGAUUUCGGCGGACGACCAUCUAUUUUACACAUUUGCGUGGACCAAGCAUUAUGUGUACGUGCAUAUGGAAAUUGAUAUUAGAUCAUUUAGAAAUUGAUGUUUUUUUACAUAAAAUAUCUUUUAAAAACAGUGAAGCUGUAUUUUUAAUAGCUCAAGUAAAAAAAUGAAACAGGGUAGAAAAUGUCAGAGCCAGAAGAAAGUCUGGCAGCGCCGGAUAGCACUACGAGGGAACAAAAGUUGGGUUUCUCUCAUGGAGAUGAUGUUUUUCUGCAACAUAAGGAUGGCAAAUUUUACCUUGGAACAAUUGUUGAGGUGGAUUUGGCAAGGGAAAAAUGCCUUGUCAAAUUUAUGGACAACACCUCAGCAUGGUCUUCAGUUAAGGAGCUGACAAAGUUGUCAAUACCGGAUUCCGAUGUUAUGUGUGUUGUUUGUAAAACAUCUCAGCCCAAGACUGAUAAUGACAUUAUUGUUUGUGACAAGUGUGGUCGUGGUUAUCAUCAACUUUGUCAUCAGCCCCAAAUAUCAAAAGAAGAAACAGCAGCUGAAGCACAUUGGAUGUGUAAAAGAUGUGUAGAUAGUCAACCACGGCCACGUGAAGUGAUAGAACCAAAAACUUCUAUGGUAAAGGCAAGUAUCAGAAAAGUUUGCAGUGGUAGGGACCAACCUCAGCCGCCACCAGAUGACAUGACAAAGUUGCCGUAUGAUCCUAAUAUGUUAAAUUGGGAUUCACAUCAUAGAGUAAAUGCUGAACAAAUUUAUUGUUAUUGUGGAUUAAAUGGUGAAUGGUAUACACAAAUGUUGCAAUGUGCUCGUUGCAAGCAAUGGUUUCAUGAAAAAUGUGUCAGUUGUUUAACUUAUCCUUUAUACAGUGGAGACAGGUUUUAUGUAUUUGUUUGUUCAAUGUGCAAUUAUGGUAAAGAAUUCGUACGGCGACUAGAAUUAAAAUGGAUAGAUCUGGUGCACCUGAUGUUGUACAAUCUAACUGUUUACAAUGCUAAAAAGUAUUAUGAUUUGGACACUGUUAUUAUACCUUAUGCCAAUGAUAACUGGAAUACUUUACAGCUUCCACCACGGAUCAGGGAUGUCAGUGCUCAAAUACGCAGAGAAUCUAUACUAGCAAUAUUGACAAAUAAUAGAAACAGGUUCAAGUGUGGCAGAGAAAUAAAGAAACGUACUACGAUAUGGGGUCUUAGAGUUAGGUUACCACCACCAUGUCCAAUUGUACAUCUUCCAGUAACUGGUGUAAUAGAUGAUUCCGUAUUACGUAGAUGCUGGGGGGCUAAUAAGAGACUGCAAUAUCUUCCUCCACCUACAGGGCCGAUAUCUUUACCAGAAAGUACAAAACAAUUAACCGCGCUAAAACAAGGGACUGCAGAGAAUUUAGAAAUUCCCGUAAAUCCAUCAGACGUAGUAAUGCGUGGAACAAUUUAUCAGAAUUCAGAGGCAGAACAAAGUUCAUGUCCAAGUCCAAGCCCACCAAGUCAAUCUACGCAAUCUUUGAGAGAAAGGUACAGUGGCGGUGGUUUUGUAAAGAAAUCAUUCCCGUUCCCCAAACUCAGCUUACAAAGAAGAAGACGCUUAAUGGCAUUAGGUAGUUCUCGCGAAAGAAUGUUACGAAAACAUAAGAAGAGAGAAAAAGGUGACGGUCCUUUAAGCAAGGCUCAAGGUGUUCGAGAAGCUAGAUACAGGAAAGCCAGGAAACUACUGAAGAACGCUAUAGCAAAGAGUAAGUCUCGAAACUCGGAAACGUCUGACCUACCGCCAACGCCUCCAACUUCAGUUUCCGGUCCUCCUACGCCGCCUGCCACAACGUCAGGUAUAUCUGAACUAUCAGUGCCUAGUUCCGUGGAACUGAUGCAUCCUUUACCGCCGUCGACGCCCGCCGACACAAGUGGGGAUGAAACCAGUUCGAGAGGAACGUUGGAUUCUUUUAUUCCACCGCCCAAAGACUUCGAAGGCAAGAAUAAUCCUUUCAGAAAUCUCAGUGAUCUAUUGGGUACACCCGGAAAUCUCAAUCAGUCGAAUUUAAGUACUCCAUCACCGUACAAUCAAUGCCCAAUCACAUUACCUCUACCACUUACACCUGUUAUAUCUCAACCGCCGGUAAUACGGCCCGCUAAAAGGCAGUUGUCGGAGAAAGACAUUAUCAUAGACAGAAACGGGCAGGUAAAACGUAGGCGACAACAUCGGAGAGGCCGUCCAUCGCAACAGCAAUUACAACAGCAGUACCAGCAUACUGCUAGUAAGACGGCGACCAUUUUACCAGCGCGUAAUAACGAAGUUAAAAGUGAGUUUGCAAGGAAUUUAAGAAGUUCAUUUAACGGUGCCUCAAGCAGUGCUAGUAGUCAAAUUGGAAAUUGUGUUGAUUAUGCCUUAAAUGGGAGGAGACUGAGACAACGUCAGAGCAAUGAUAAAUUACCGCCUCCGGAUUUGCAAGCACAAAAGAAAGGUAGCGUACCCACAUCUCCCAAGUGUUCGCCCGUAAAACAAAGUGCACCCGACAUAUCCAUAGAUGAUUUAAAAUCAUCGGUGAACAUAUAUUUCGGAGCGGCGAACAGGAUCGCCGCCGGUGAAAAGUUUGUCAUCAGAGCUAAGAGGAUAGGACCGAACGGUCAGACUCAAUACCUAAUCGAGUGGGAGGGACUUAAUACUUAACAAUGAAUCCGUUUAUGAUCAGAAGAAACUCAUUGCAAACGUAUACAAUAUUUUCGUUGGCAUCGAGCAAAAACAGCAUUUGACUGCUAAUAUUUUCUUCUUUAUAUAUUAUUAUUAUUUCCUUCUUUGUUUUUGAACCUCGGUGUUUCAAACGAACGACUUAGUGACAAAUUGAUACGUGUCACAUGCACUGCCAUUCGUUACAUAUGUUUUAUAUGAUAAGUAUGUAUUAAUUGGUGUACGAUGUACGACUGUUCUUGCAAAUGUAAUUUUGUUUCAUUCGUUGAGAAAGUGAUAUUCGUACGAAAACACCGUGUUCCAAUAACCGUAACAAACUUCAUUGCUGGACAAUGAAUUUGUUUUGCCGCCUUUUCAUUUUCGAGUAACCGGUUCGUUUCAUUCCGCACGUCAGAAAGCAACUUUCCACGAUUUCUUUUCAACAUUCAAAAUGUACCGUCCACGAGUACCCUCGAUGCAUCAAAUUCAAUUAACGUUUGUACAACUAUUUUACUACGGAAGCAGCUAGUAGCGCACGCGUAAAGGAAACGCAUUUACAAGAACAAUCAGGUACAUUGCUUAUGAAGUGUAAAUAUUGUAGCAUAGUAGGUUUCGCAGAAAAAUCGAUGAAUGUAAGACGAAUCAAAUGCAAAGGAAGAACGAAAAAGAAAAAGGAACUCGUUUGCGCCGGUUUUACAUUCAUUAGAGAUUGGCCAAUCGCUCCUUAUGAGCUGCGGAGUAGACCAUGAUCACGACGAGAGAAGAAAAAAAGCGAAUUGAAAUUGACAGUUGUUCCUCUCACUUGAGCUAACGUGCUAGCGAACGUGUUAGUGCUUAGUGUUUUACAGAGUAAAGCAGAGUAAGAAAAGGAAAAAAAAAAACAAAUGAAAACAAAGAGCAGACAUGGUGCAAAGGUUAUUUUUCAAUACAAUCGUAGAGAUAGACAUCUGCUUCUGUAACUUCAUCGUCUUGUACUGUUCCCGUCGUAUCUUCGUGUUGCUCGUGACAAUAUCAAUAAAAAUUACAUGUGAUCAUUACUGCCAUGCACCGUUUCGUCUUUUGUAUAUUUGACGCUUGAAUCGUUAACAUCGGGAAAACAGGUGGUCGUAAGCAUUUAUAUAUAACGAAUUUCAACGGUACGAGACGAUUAAGAUACAGUUCUAGCAUUGCUCAUUAUUAUACAAGACUAAGGGAAUACACACUCAUGUACACACACAUACACACACAUCUAUUUCGUACAACUUAACGUUUAAUGAACCACGAAAGCUGAACACGUAAGUGAUUGGCCAAAGUUAUCUGUGCAAAGAUGUGACGACAACUUUGUACGUUUCUCGACGCGGAUUCUUCGGACAGAAGAUCAUCUUGAACUCGUAGCGAAUUGUUCUUGUUGAUUAUUAAAAUGUGUGCAGCAGGAAAUUAGUCGCACACGGUUAAUAGCAAGAUUUAUUAAAAUGAUUACAAUUAUUUAACUCAUUCGCGAUGUUCGACGAGAUAUUUCGCUAUAAUGUUUAUGCAACUUUGGACAAGAUGUCUUGCUACUAUCCCUAAAUUUUCAAAUUUAAAACUCUCGUUCAUAUCGUUGCAUAAAUAACAAAAAUUUAUCGAGAUAUCUUGUCCGCGAUCCCAAAAGGGUUAAUUUGAUCGUUCGGAUAAUGAUGCUGCACAGAAUUUGUGGUCAGAGCUAAUCAGUAGACGGACCGAAGGAAAAUUAGAAAUAUUCCUCGUUGUCUCCAAUUGAGAGUUUAUAAAAAGAAAAAAUCGAGGCAUUUUUGUUGCGUAAACUCGACUUAUGUCUUUCGGAUACCAAAAAAAAAAUUAUAAACAGAAAGAAGAAUCAUGUAUCAGAGAUCUAUUGAAAAGUAUGUUCACUUGUACCAUUCUUUCAUUUCAUAAUUCUCCAUCCAUUAGCGAAAAUGUAAGACGAGAAUCGUACGAGUUUGUUCUCUUAACACCGGGAAGCAAGAAGUCCGUGAGUCAUUCAUUGCUUAAACAGACUUACCUAAGAUAGGUAUUUUUUUAAGCGCUAAUUUAUUUAAUCUACUUACACGUAACGAUCAUUUUGCGCAUUGUGACUCCUUUAGAGAGAUCUUUAUAGCUCAGCAACGCGUCAGCGAUGGCAAUCUUUGAAUCGAAUCACGUGUACAAGAAUCUUUGCCAAACAGUAAUCAGUCGCUUAGUCUUCUUAUUAUACUGUUUAUACGUUGCUAUUUUGUUCUUGUUUAUCUUUGUUCACCAGGAAACGUUCUUUAAAUUGAUCGUCUUCGAAAGAUGUGUUCCAGUGCAGUGAUGGGCGGGUCAAUUGAUAAGUGGAUAUAAAAUCUUUUAAUUUAAAAAUGUUCAAAAAUUUCGAUAUUUAGAAGUGUAGGAAUAUAUUCUCGGAUUUAGAAACUUGGAAAUUUAGAGGUGUAGAAAUUUCAUUUUUAAAUUGAGAAAUUGACUAUCAAAGGGUAGCCCAUUACUGUUCAGGUAUAAAGUAAUUAACGUUAAAUAUGUGAGUAUUGAGAAGAGUUCAACCUGUAAGCUACAGUAAACUGAAGUAUCCCUUCAAUUAGUUAUUGGAAGUAUAUGAUUUUUUAAAGGAUGUUAUAAGAUUAUACACAUAGAACUAUCACUUUAACGACCAUAUUUUUUAUUGUCAGUAACUCUACGUUUAUAGUUUCAUUUCUGGUUGUGGAGGUUUUCGAUUUAAAUCUAUUGUAACAAGAUGUUAACAUAAUUAUUUGAAACUUGAUGUAAUUUGUAACAGCUUGAAUUUUUAUAUGUUUACUGCCACACUAUUAGUUCACUGCCACAGCUAUUUAAAGCUUCAUUAGUUAUUUUUUGUUUCGAACAUAUUAUUAUUUUGUAAUAUUUAUUACGUACAAAUACGAGUAUUUCAAAAGGGUCCUAAGGAUUUCGAUUGAAAAUGUGUCACUCAUAUAUGGAAUGCUUGUAAAGCAAAUUUUGUUGAGUUUGCCGGUUCGGUAAAACAGUAUUCAAACAAAUAAUAACGCCAGGAGUACCAUCCGAAUAAACAUCAAAUAUCUAUUAGUAAUUAUUGAUAGAAGUAGUGCUUCUAUAAAUUACUAAUUUUUAAAUUACAAUAAAUAAAAAUAAGCAGAAAUGACAGUGGUUGUAUUAAAAAACUGAGUGGAUUAGUGAAUACAGGGUUACUGUGACGAUUAACGUGUCAAUAGUAUUCCAAAUUAUUUAAGUUUGUAAUUGGUAUCAAUUUUAUUUAGCAUCAAUAUAAGAUCCCACGAGGCUGUCAGUGUUCAAUAAUUUAACAAAGUAUUGGUACUUGUACUUACGUAUAAUGUUCGAAUAUUCAAAAUGGCGGCGUUAAGGUGAUAUGUACUUUCAAUCCGAUAUAUGUUAUAAAGAAAAAUUUAGAAUAAUUUUCCUACUAAAAUUUGCUAUUUCACGACAAAUGAUUGUGUAAAAUAUUGGAAUACAAUUUUAUUUAUAAAAAAUGUAUGACCAGUGGCUAAUUGAGAGGAUACGAAUAGUAAUUUACGAAAGAUACUCAAUAGGAAUUGUUUCUUGUCGAAAAGGGCAUCGAAUGGCAAUGUUACUCUCUAAAGGAACGUAAAUAGGUAAUUAUUGGACGAGAAUACACUGCCAAACAUCUUUUAAGUUAUAAUUUAAUAAACAACGUUAGACAAUACUGCGCUAUGAUACUUCGAUUGAAUUGAAAUCGAACGAACGUACGUGCGUUUAGUUUCUUUUAUUAUUAAUUAUUAUUAUUGUAAUAUUAUUAGUGAUUUGUUUUUCGUUCUUUCGUCCUCUUGUCACGCGAACGAUUUGUAAACGGCGAACUCUCGAGUACAAUCUAAGAAAGUCGUUUUCGUAGAAGCUGUUAUUUUUUCGCCAGCGACUAAGCGUAUCAAAGAAGCGUCAACGAAUAAGAAAAACGACCCCAUUUUGUUCUCUCCGUCUCGAUCAGCAUCGUGAAAACCCCGUGAUUAUGUAUCGUUUAAGUAAGUUAAAGGAGAACGAUUAGUAAACAUCGGUAAAAGGUAUUAACCAAGUUAAUGCAAAUCGGGCGUCUCGCACUCGUAUUGUUAAACGAUUUCUGUACUUUCUUUUUUAUUGUUAUAUUCUCGAUACUUUGUAAGCUCUACGAAUGCGAUUUAUUUUUCGUAUUACGGCGACCCGGUUUCGCUGAGGUGUCUACUCAAUCUGGACCGAAUCGAUAAAGGAGCUGCAACUUUCUCAGAACAGAAACUCUUCUUCAAUUUUUUAUAAAUUACAUCAAAUUCCAUGGUCAUAUUAAUUGGAAAAAUCGCAGGUCAUUUUAUGUUAUAAAAUAACAUAAUUUCAUGCGCUAUCCUAUUAAGACUCAUUUUUAUUUGUGUUAAAACAUGACAAAAAAUGAUGACCUCAACACAACAAAAAUGUUUUAAAUCAAAUUUAAAAGAUUGCAAGAAUCAGAGAUUUAGUAUAAAAUUGUGGAACAGAUCCUACAAAGUGUACCAUCGUUAAAAUGUUUGCAGGCCAUUUAUUGUUAACGUUAAUCGGUACUUUUAUUUAUAAGUAUAUUUAUUCUGCAAAUACACGAGAUACUCUGUUAUUAAUUAUUGUCAAAUUAUGAAAGGUUGUUUGUCGAGAUUCGACGAAGCUCCGUUUCGUGUUCAUCGAUUCGGUUCGGAUUGCGGAAUCACAUGCGGUUCGAAGGCGACAGAGGAAGAACGAAAUCAUUGAAAACCGCUGCGAACACAAUCCACUGUACAAAGCCAGCGUAGACGCUAGAAGCGGAUAAUCGCUCGUUCGAGCGAGGAAAAGCCCUUUUUCGCGAGGAAACGCGAAUUAACACUUUACCGAUUCGUUUAUUGACCCUUUCAAAAUAAUACGUUUCAAAAUCAAAAAUUUUAGGACCAUUCUUGUCAAGAAAUUGUCAUUUUUUACUUAAUACUCCUGGAUUAGUUUUGGUUCAUUUUUAGGUAAAGAGUUUCACGUUGAUUGAUUUAGAAUUGACAAGUUUCACGGUUUAUUUAGAAUAUCAAUUUCAACAAGGGUUAAUAAACUUACACUGUCGCUCAUUGACUGAAAAUAUAAUAAAUUAGAUCUUGUUAUACCGUUAAAAUGUUCAAAUUGUCAACGAAGCAAAUUGAGAAAUUUGCUAUGUCUGUUAAUUAAAAAUGAAUUCAUAUUCUCGAAUUAUGAAUUCUUUGAGACUGACACAGGGCCAUUUUUACCCGUAACGAUUUGGUGUACAAAUCCGAAAUCACGUGUAAAUAUUGUAUUUAAAUACAACAAGACAUAUACAGGGUGUUUAAUUCUAUCCUGAAAUAUUUGUGUUAUUAAAAUUACGUAAAAACGUAUUUGAUUUCAAAAAAUCCUAAAGUCUACAAUUUACCUAUAUUUCACGUAUUUUAUUUAUAAUUGGGUCAAAAUGAUCCUGUAUCCGUGCAAGGACUUAUUUAUUACAGAAAUAGUAUGCAAUUAUUACAAAAUAAUUGCAACGUUCAUAAUUCAGCUUUAAUUUAUUAUUUAAUUAGAGAGAAACGUUUACAUGAUACGAGCGAUAGGUAACGUGUUAAUUAGCCGUUCUUCCGCGCGUUUCCGGUUAGCGAAGGGCAAAACAGGAAACUGAAGAUGUACUGCCAGUAUCGUAUGUAAAUAUUUUCUCCCCUAGGUACACGAAUCCCAUUCAAUCUUUGUUUUUUUACAACGCAAUCAUUUUACGAAUGCGCGAGAUAUUCCCGCGGAAUAGCGCGCGUUUCGAAGCGUUUUUCGAAGAAAAAUUAUUAGCAACUAGCGCGUCGAACCAACCGACCUUAGGUCCAUGUAAAUACACGAGAAGCUCUGCAAAUGAUUUUUAUACGAAACAGUUGUUCAGAAUUGCCGAAUACGUAUGUGUAUAUUUAAUAAACACGCUAAUUUCUGACAAAACGGAUUUUUAAUUUUAAGCGAAUAUGCAGAAUUUGUCGAAACAGUGUUACAGCGUUUGAAAGUACACUUAAGUCCAAAUUUGUAAAUGUUAAAUGUACAUUGUUGAAUGAAAAUCAUGCCUGUCGAUCUUUUAAUCACUCAAGUGUUUUUAUUUAUUUUUGUUGUGGAUAUUGUCUACACUUUAUGUGAGAACAUUUGUGACAAAAUGAAAUUUGUUACAAAAAUGGAGAAAUGUGCAUAUGUUACUUAACAAAUUAUGCGUUAUUUAUCAAAAAUAUUAGUAUGUCUCCUGUGUAUGUUACAAGUCGAUUCAAAUCAGAAUCACAUGAUCAUAAAAUGUCUGCCAUCUGCAAUUGACACCAUUAUUUUAGUUUCAUACCAAAUGUUACAUCGGCAUAAACUUCUAUACUUAUUACAAUAUCAGCAAAUAUAAUUUUACACAAAAUUAUAGACAUGUUUUACAAUGUCACAAAUUAAUUUAUCACCUCAUACAGUAAAUGUAGUUUCACAAUAAAAUUUUGUGGAAGGCAGUUACCCUUUCGUUCAAAUUGACUGUAAUAUUCCCUGAGCAGGUUUCGCAUUUUUCUGUACCUAAAACUGGAACCCUAUCACAAAAUUCCGUAUGGAAAGAGCAAAUUAGAAGUAAUAGUGUACUGUUCAAAUCCGAAACGCUGUUUCUUCAUCGCGAAUACCUCAAGCAACGAAAGCUCGCUCGAAAUAGGUGCCAAUGAAUUGCUAAUAAUUUUUCUGCGACGUCGCUUUGUAACCGAUAUAUCCGUUGACUUAAUGAGGGAUUUAUACACGAAAUAUUCAUCGAUUCUUCGAACGGGAAGAGAAACGAUUUUGUUUCAUCUCCGAGGGAUGUAUGCGUGAGUGAGAAAUUAUACAAAAGCUAGAGAGUGAGAGUUUCGAGUGCGUGAGUAGUCUGUAAGAUCGAGGGGGAACGAGAAGAGAAAAAAACGUAAGCGAGCGAUCUUUGUGUCGGUUCCUUGAGAAAUUCUAGUUGAAAAUUAAACGGAGUGUCGAUUUGGCCAGUCUGAUUUUUCUCCGAGAAAUUUGUAUAUUAGAUCGAAUUAACGGGGCGAUAAAUUGUAUAUGUUUCGAGUUUGCGUCCGAAGAGGAACGAAGAGUACGCCGAUGAUUUCUGUGUGAUAAUUGACCGUUUCACUCAAGGAUCCCUUGAUUACGUUCCCGACGUAUAUUUCCAUUGUUAAGGUGAUUCGAAUGACGAGGAAGAAUGCGAGAGAUCAAGAAUGAGAAAUAUUUGUAUAUACACCGCCUGCACUUUGUACGAAUACUGCGAUCGUCGUUGUUCAACGAUCAAUUUUUUCUUUUUUUUGUUUCCUUUCGUCGUCUAAUAAAGUGAAUCUUCAUGACCUCUUCAA